UUUGGUUGUAUAGUUCAACAUAGACCACAACUCCUUUAAUUUCCACCUUCCCCCAUCAUAUCUCCAUCUUCCCAACCUCAUCAUCCUUUAACAUGAUGAAGGGGCUACAGUUUUCUGAGAAUUCUUCCGAAAAUUCUCCAUCUUUAUCCAUGAGAGUUAGUGUGGAGCAGCCAUUAACAUUAGAAAACAGCAAUGAUAAUAAAUCAUCAUCAGGGGUAAGACCAUAUGUUAGAUCAAGAAUGCCGAGGCUGAAAUGGACGCAUGAUCUUCACCGCAGCUUUGUACAUGCUGUUGAAAGACUUGGUGGAGCAGAUCGAGCAACUUCAAAGAUGGUGCUACAACUGAUGGAUGUGAAGGGCCUGACCAUAGCUCAAAUGUACCGAAGCAUGAAGCACGAACAGAUGAUGCAAGAAGCUGCAAAUGCGAGCAAGAAGAAUAGAAUGGAAGGCUCAGAUCAAAUGAAUUAUCUCCAUGGGAACUAUCAUCAUUACUAUAAUAGCAAAGCAUUCUUUGAUGGCAAUCCUAAUUUGACAUUAAACAGUAACUAUGCGGAACUUGCCUCCAGGCCUACUAUUUUGCCUCCUCCAUGGAAACAGAUGCAAGAGAUGAGGGAAAAUUACAAUAAUAUCACAAGGUUGGAAUUAGGAAGGUCCAACUCUUGCACCAUGUUCAAGGAUUUCUUCAAUGGCUGCAGUGUUCAAGAAGGGAAUGGGAAUAAAGUGGUACAACAAUAUGGUAGCAGUUGGUUAAACAAGAGUGCAGCUACAAUUAUCAAUCUUGAAGAAGAGGAAGCCUCUGGUAGCACCAUGUCCUUAGAGCCAUCUUCCAGUUUAGAUCAUGUGAAUAAUACUAUCUCUCUUGAGCUCACCCUUGGAAAUAGAUCCUAAUUUCACUCUCAACUCCUUGACUUUUGUCAUAGAAUCAAGCUAACUCAGCUAGCUAGCUAGAGCUUGAUGCUAAUAAUCAGGUUUUAAUCAAUCUGAGAAUCGUUUUAAUUUUCAAUUUUAUCAGACAACUUGCUAUGUAUUUUCAAUUUUAUGAUUU